CCACUCUUCAAAGAAGAAAAAAUCACUCCCAAUUUCAUCCUUCUUCCCCUCCUUCUCUUCCACUGCGGCUCCCCGUCCGUACAAAUUGAGGGGACUUUUCUUGACAGUGAUUCAAGGUCCCAGAGAAAGAGAGGGAGGGGGCUGCAGUUGCCAAGUCGUUGAGCUAGUUAUCAUUUUCAUUAUACAAUCAGCUGCUCAUCAUAUAUGACACAUUUUGAUAUGAAAAAUGGCGGGUGAAGUUGGCGGUGCUGGUGGUGGUGAAAGCCGCACAUCAUCACCCAAGAGCAGGGUGAAGUUCUUGUGCAGCCAUGGUGGGAAAAUCCUUCCCAGGCCCGCCGACGGCCAACUCAAGUACGUCGGCGGCGAGACUCGAGUCGUCUCCUUGUCUCGCGACAUCUCCUUCUCCGAGUUGAUGAAGAAGCUGAGCUCGUUGUUUGAUGGGGACAUGGUGUUGAAGUACCAGCUAAUGACAGAAGACCUGGACGCCUUGGUCUCCGUGAAAAGCGACGAAGAUCUAAAGCACAUGCUGGACGAAUACAAUAGGCUUGAGAACGAAGGGAGCUCUAGGCUAAGAACCUUUUUGUUCCCCUCAAAGCCGAUCAUGAUCGAGAACCAAACGGCGGCGUUGGAACACCAAAUGCUGGAGCAGCGUUACAUCGACGCCAUCAACGGCAUCGUCCGGUUGUGGCCAAAGAUGCAACCCCAGCAGCAGAUGAUUCUCGCUCCUAACAUGAUCAUUGGAAGUAGCCCCAUGGCCAGCAUGAGUAUAUCCUCUACAUGUUCGUCUCCGAAAUCAGCGUCCCAGGAACAACAGUUGGUGUUGGCGGACAUGAACAUGGCGGCUCAUAGGAUCACGGUGUCGCCUCCGAUGCAGAAAGUGCACAGCUCUCCUAGUAUUUGCAGCAGCAGCUUUAAUAUUCAACAGACGUACCAAAACCAUGUCCAGGGGCGUCACCCUUACAUUAAUAAUUUGCAGCACCAUCAUGCCAACCAAUCUUCAUUUAGUGCAAGAGCACACCACAGAGGGAUUAGGACUCCGCCGCCUUUGUUGUCACCAGGUAGGUUGUCGCCUGGUAGGUCUGAGUCCGGGACUGGGAGGAGCUCGUUGAUGGGUACAACUAGUACUGCCCACGUCCAAAACCAUUACAACAACAACAACCACCACCACCACCACGUUGCUAGUGGUAAUAGUAGUCCUAGAUCAAUAUCAUCUCACCACCGAGUAAGUGGAGGCGGCGGAGGGUAUUGUAGUAAGUGCUGCUGUCACGACGAAUGUCCACCCUAUGCUUGUAACAGGGCUGAGAGUCUUCCUCGAAGUCCUAGAUAGAUGGUGUUUGUUGUUACCACCAAAAUAAUAUAUCCUACUGCUCCUUUGUCAACAAUACAUUUAUAAUAUAUACAAAUUUCUCAACUUUGCUCA